AAGAAUAAAUAUUUAUCUCGAUUCGUUUGUAAAGUUACAUCAACUAACUACUAUAAUAAAAAAAAUAAUUAAAUAAUAAACCCAUAAAGAGAAGAAAAGAAUAUUUACUCGAUAUUAGUGUCACAAGCAGUUUGACAACUGUUCUUUAUUACCCUAAAGACUAAAGGGCGCCUUCCUCGCCUUGAAUUCAGCUAGCUGACAAUUGCUGCCAGCUGUCUCCGCUAUUUUGAAUUUUAAAACUUUUGGUAGCCGUUGCCUUGUUUCCACCCGUUAUAAAACAAAUUCUCUGACACCGCCUCGUAAAAACCAUUCAUUUAUUAAAAAAAAAUUUACUGGUACAGUAGAAAAUUCUAAAAAUAAAUAACCCUAGCUUAGAUUAGCCAUCUCCUCUUCUCUGAAUCUGAAUAUAAACCCCCCUUUCCCCUAUUUUCACCAACUUCAAUUCCUAUCUAUCUCUAUUCAGACCAAAGAACCCUCAAAACCCAAAGAAAAAAAUGCGUGAAAUCCUUCAUAUUCAGGGAGGCCAAUGCGGCAACCAAAUAGGAGCCAAGUUCUGGGAAGUUGUGUGUGCAGAGCACGGCAUUGAUGCAACUGGACAUUACCAAGGAGACUUAGACGUUCAACUUGAGAGGAUCAAUGUCUAUUACAAUGAAGCCAGUUGUGGUAGAUUCGUCCCUCGUGCCGUUCUCAUGGACCUUGAACCUGGAACCAUGGACAGCAUUAGAUCUGGCCCUGUUGGCCAGAUCUUCAGACCUGACAACUUCGUUUUUGGUCAGUCUGGCGCUGGUAACAACUGGGCUAAAGGCCAUUACACUGAAGGUGCUGAGUUAAUCGACUCCGUCCUUGAUGUUGUCCGAAAAGAGGCCGAAAACUGCGAUUGCCUUCAAGGGUUUCAAGUUUGUCAUUCUUUGGGAGGAGGAACUGGAUCUGGAAUGGGGACACUUUUGAUUUCGAAGAUAAGGGAGGAAUACCCAGAUAGAAUGAUGUUGACUUUCUCAGUUUUCCCAUCUCCCAAGGUCUCUGAUACAGUCGUGGAGCCAUACAAUGCUACUUUAUCUGUUCAUCAGUUGGUUGAAAAUGCUGAUGAGUGUAUGGUUCUUGACAAUGAAGCCUUGUACGACAUUUGUUUCCGGACACUCAAGCUCACCACUCCCAGCUUUGGUGAUCUGAAUCAUUUGAUAUCUGCAACAAUGUCUGGAGUUACAUGCUGUUUACGAUUCCCUGGCCAGCUCAACUCUGAUCUUAGGAAACUGGCUGUUAAUCUUAUCCCAUUUCCUCGGCUUCACUUUUUUAUGGUGGGUUUUGCUCCACUCACUUCAAGAGGAUCCCAACAGUACCGAGCCCUAACAGUUCCUGAGCUCACUCAGCAAAUGUGGGAUGCAAAGAACAUGAUGUGUGCUGCUGAUCCACGACAUGGCCGUUACUUGACUGCAUCAGCCAUGUUCCGUGGUAAAAUGAGCACCAAGGAAGUGGAUGAGCAGAUGUUGAAUGUUCAGAACAAGAAUUCCUCCUACUUUGUUGAGUGGAUUCCUAACAAUGUAAAGUCAACAGUUUGUGACAUCCCACCCACUGGACUCAAGAUGGCCGCAACAUUUAUGGGCAACUCAACAUCCAUACAGGAGAUGUUUAGGCGUGUGAGUGAGCAGUUUACAGCUAUGUUUAGGAGGAAGGCCUUCUUGCAUUGGUAUACAGGGGAAGGCAUGGAUGAGAUGGAGUUUACUGAGGCAGAGAGCAACAUGAAUGAUCUGGUCUCCGAGUAUCAGCAGUACCAAGAUGCAACAGCUGAUGAUGAAGAGUAUGAGGAAGAGGAAGCAGAAUACGAGGACUAAUGAGGAAACUUAUUUUCUAUGGCCAUUUUUGGCUAUUCAAAAUCUCAACUUCUAGUUGCUGUUUUCUUUAUGUGAAAGAAUUAUUCAUUUUGUUGUAACUGUUGUUGCAUUUAUGGAGUUUCAAUUUCGCUGAGAUCCCUUGGUGGUAUCAUUUCUUGAGUUUUUGAUGCUAAUACUUGCAUCCUCUUUCAGCAAAACCAUGUACCUUUCCUUUCAGGUUUCUAGAUAAACUCUU